AAAAAGGCCAACCCAUUGAUAAAGUGUUUCCCUAUACAUUGUGAGAAUUUAGUAAAUCUACCCCUUAAGGGGGUCGGAGCACAACUAGUUUCAUGCGUUUUAGCGGUGCUUAAUUAGACAUACUUCUCAAUGUUGGAUUUUUAAAGUAUGUGUGGAUUUGUUGACAAAUCGUCUGGGUUUCUUAGGAAGCCCAUUUUUGAUUUAAAAUGUUAUGCCUAAAAUAAACUCAAAUAAACUAUCAUUGAAUUUUCAAAAAAAAUAAUUUUGGAGAUCUUCAAAAGAGAAAAUUAAAAAUCGCCUUCCUAAAAACCUUGAAAAUUUGUCGAAAAAUGCAUACAUGUAUUAAAAAUUAAAAUCCAACAUUGGGAAGUAUGUCUAAUUAAGCACCGCUAGCAGAUGAUAUUUACCAAUAUAAAGUUAACAACAUUUUUAUUUUAACGUUGUAACUUACUUUAUUAAUAACUAGAAUUCAAUUGAAUUGAAUAAAUUACCACUACUGUGCUUACCAGUCGUGAGUACAUUGGUUGCUGGCUGAAAUGUGUGUUACUAUGCUGAAACGGCUGCGAUAACAACCGUCUCAGACUUCAGUUGUUUUUCAGCUUUUCACGAGCAAACGACAUUUUUGUUGGAAAUACAGUUUUUGCGUUUCAAGUAUUAUAUCUAAUAUUCUGAAAUAUGUGCUCUAUGGAGAAGAUUUUGUGGGCCGGCGGCGCCGUUCUAACGGUAACUGGCGGCGGUUACCUGCUCUAUAAGGCCAAAAAGAAAUGGUGGGACGCGGCACCGGUAGAACUUGCACCGGUUGAACUUACACCGGCUGAAUCCGCACCGGUAGAACCCGCAUCGGUAGAACUUGCAACGGCUGAACCCGCACCUGUAGAACCUGCACCGGUAGAACCCGCAUCGGUAGAACUUGAACCUGUAGAACCCGCACCGGUAGAACUUACAUCGGCUGAACCCGCACCGGUACAACUUGCACCUGUAAACCCUGCACCGGUAGAACCCGCAUCGGUAGAACUUGAACCUGUAGAACCCGCUCCGGUAGAACUUGCACCGGUAGAACCCGCUCCGGUAGAACUUGCACCGGUAGUACCUGCGUGUUACUACCACGACAGAUACGGGUCGGCGGCGCACAGAUGUCGUCCUCCGUGCGGCUACAGGCCAACUGAGGCAGGACAGCCGGAGCCACCGUGUGUGUACCACAGGCGACACGGCGCGGAUGCAGUAAACUGCAUACUGCCGUGUGGAUUUGCAGGAGUGCAGGAGUACGGCAUAGGGGAGCCCGUACCAUAUUGCAUAUACCAUCGACGGUUCGGUCCGGAGGCGGUGAACUGCCGAGCCCCGUGUGGCUUUAGGGCCAUACACUGAGACUUUCAGGUGUGGAAAAACGGCCGUACUAUCAUGUUGGAGACCACUACAAUUAUUAGUUGUCUACGGCCGCCGUGUUUGAACCCAUCACGUUGUUUUUUCUCUCUAUCUAUUCAAGCUGUCAUCCCUGUGGUCGCAUUCAUUUUGUUGACCGCCGUCUCAGCCAUCCUCGCCGUGGCCGUCAUUCAUGUGGUUGGCCGUCGACUAAGUUUUGUAAAUUAAUAGUUAUUUAAGUUUAUGUAGAAAAAUUGUCCUGUUUAUUACCUUUCUCGUGAAAACCUUAGUGAUACUAAUACACUUAAUUAAUGAUCACCUAAUAAAUAUGUACUGUGUUAAUACGGAUGUUAUUGUUUAAUAUGUUAGGGAACUCGGGGCAAUUGCCCUGAUGUCGAAACACUUAAGCUAAAAUAUUAUGUACUU